CCGAGCCUAUUAUCACUAUAAAAACGUAACACUAUGUCUUCUGAAACCAGUACACCUUAUACUCCAGCUUCCACCUCUACUACUGUUGCUGGAAAUGAGACGGUCUCGUUGGCGGACGAAAUUAAAAAAUAUGACACGGUCAAGCUUAUAGAAUUUUUGCAGGGACAUGACUUAGAAGAAGAAGAGAUUGAUGGUCGUGCCUUCCUCAAAAUGACCGAACAGAGGUUCAGAGAUUAUGGCAUGAAGGGAGGACCAGCUGUAAAGCUUGUGGAAUUUGCUAAGGAGUGUAAAGAUAAAAAGUUGAGGUCGUUCUCCUCGUACAAGACUAAGAAAGAGUUGAGUGAGGUGUUGGAGAAAUAUGGGAUUGUUAGCGGGGAUAUAACUCGCAUUCCACAGUUCAUACCACCCAUCCACACUAUCAACGAAAGCGCCCCCGAAUUUAAGCUAUGUAUUGACGACAUCCUUCGUAGAAUAAAAAAUAUGGGUCCAGUUGUAGAUAGUAACGAAGCUAUGCGGUGCGAGUAUAUUUCAACGAUCUUACAUACGGCUCGAGAUGCUGGAGGAAAUAAUUUGCAUAACCGAAGGCAAACAGAAUCAAGCAACUAUAGGUAUCUGCCAAAACUUACUACAAUGCCGAAGUGCUUGCGAUAUGAAUAUAAAUAUGAACAAGAAAAAAAGAAAGGUGGAUGAUGCAUUCGAUCCCGACUACGACUACGUCUAUAGUAUAGUCAGUACUGGAACUGACUGGUACUUCAUUCUUCACAGCACUGAAGGUAUCUAUAGUACGAGCAGGACCGAGUAUCGAAUUUCACUUACAGAAGACGCUCUCAAAGAUGAUACAGAAUUGCGUAAGAAUGUGAAGAGGGUUUUAGAAGUGAUCGUAGGAUUAUUAAAGGAUAGAGCAGUAGGUAGUGAGGAACCCGCAACUAAGAAGCACCGUGUAGAAGAGAUAAUUAAGAAAAAAUAAUCAUGUAUAUUAGAUAGACGUCAUGUAUCACGGGCUAAGUCCCGAUCUUGUAUUUAUUUUUGCAUGUAUUAAUAAAAA